UACAAGGCAACCUGAGUGAAGGGCGUGGGUGGGCACAUUCGUUGGCGCCGCCCUCACGCCCCAUAUGUCUGGUAAAACAGGUCCACGAAACGUGCCUUUGGUUCAUCUUGCGAGCUCUUUGGGCGAAGUGAUAUAGAUUCCCUCCAUUCCCUCACCUUGUCCUCUUCUUGUUCCGUUGUUCUUCAUGUUUGACCACUCUUUUUCAGCGGCAGUCCAGUUGUCCUUCUUUAACCAUCGCUUCAAGCUUACCACGACCUCUCUGAGCCUGCCGCACUGAGCUGCUUCUUUCUUUACUCGAAACAUUCCAACCAAUAUCACAGUGAUUUACGCGCCUACCACAGUCACAAUAUUUCGCCACUCGAUCUUCUGAGAAGUUGCUUUGAGCAACUCGUCCUCCAGGACUAACCCAUUCUACUUACAUAUCCAUAUCGUCUGUUUAUAAUCACGCCAUUACAAAAUCAUGUCCACCGAACCUUCGCCAUACACGGCCCCUAUUGCCAUUGUUGGCAUGUCUUGUCGCCUCUCCGGAGACGUUGAGAACCCAGAUGAUCUCUGGACUUUACUUUCGCGUUCUCGAGAUGGCUGGACACCGAUCCCCAAAGAUCGCUUCAAUAGCGAUGCCUACUACCAUCCCAAUCCGCAAAAGAAGGGUUGCUUCAACAACAAGGGUGGCUAUUUUUUGAAGCGAGAUUUGGCCAAAUUCGACGCACCAUUCUUUUCACUGACGAAACAGGAAGCUGAAGCAAUGGAUCCUCAACAGAGACAAGUCCUUGAGUGUACAUAUGAAGCGCUGGAAAACGCGGGUUUUCCCAAGGAAUACGUCUCUGGUAAGAAGAUGGGUGUCUUUCUGGGUACCGCAACCUCUCAGUACCGCAUGGGCUCUCUGAGGGAUGUGUCUCAAAUACCCAUGUUUGAUGUAACAGGUAACCAUUCGGCGAUCCAAGCCGGUCGCAUUUCGCAUUAUUUCGAUCUGCGUGGACCGUGUUUCUCUGUGGACACAGCGUGCUCGUCUGGUCUGCAUGCCCUGCACUCGGCCGUCCAGAGCAUCCGAUCGGGCGAGUCCGACUCCGCCAUCGUCGCAGCCAGCAGCCUCCACCUUCAGCCCGACGACAUGAUUUCUAUGUCCAUGUUGGGUAUUUUCAACGAGCACGGACGUACAUUCGCAUUUGACCACCGCGCAAAAUCCGGAUUUGCUCGCGGUGAAGGCACUGCAGCUUUGAUUCUCAAGCCUCUCGACCAGGCCAUCCGCGACAAUGAUAAAAUUCGAUCAGUGAUUGUCAAUUCUGGCAUCAACCAGGAUGGCAAGACUGUUGGAUUGUCCACACCAAGUGGAGAAGCGCAGGAGCAGCUCAUGCGCGACGUUUACGCCCGCGUCAAUAUUUCCCCCACAGACACAGGCUAUGUUGAAGCCCAUGGCACUGGAACCAAAGUUGGAGACCCAAUUGAGGCCACGGCGAUUAAAAAUGUGUUCAGUGAAGGACGCACGAAGCGAUCCCCGCUGUACAUGGGCUCAGUGAAGACGAAUGUCGGCCACAUGGAAAAUGCCAGCGGUCUGGUCUCGAUCAUCAAGUCUGCUAUGAUGCUCGAGAAGGGAUUUAUCUUGCCCAAUGUCAACUUUGAAAAGGCAAACCCUGCGAUUCCCUUGGACAAGUGGAACAUGAAAGUGCCGACUACCAUCAGACUCUGGCCCCGGAACAAGCGCUACAUCUCAGUAAACAACUUUGGCUUUGGUGGCUCCAAUGCCCAUGUUGUUCUGGAGCGUGCCCCAGUCAACAUUCCCAAAGAAAUUGAGAUUGAGAGCCGAGCUGAGACUCAUCGACUUAUUGUCGUCUCUGGCCAUGAUGAGGAGGCUGCGAAGCGAGCGGGCAAGCAGCUCGGUGUUUAUCUUGAACAGCAUCCCGAGAUCUUUCAGAAACGCCUUAUGCGCGACGUUUCUUACACACUCGGUGAACGCCGCACCCACCAUCCAUACAGAAUUGCAAUUCCUGCAACUUCCUUUAGCGACUUGGCUACGUCGCUGAACGGUGUUGCAGCUCUGCCCACACGUGCCUCUACCAUCACGCCUACUUUAGCCUUUGUUUUCACUGGACAGGGCGCUCAGUGGCCACAAAUGGGCAAGGAGCUGAUGGAUUCUCACGAAAUUUUCAACAAGACCGUGACUCAAGCUUCUGAUUACCUGUUGUCCAUCGGAGCCGAAUUUUCUCUCGUGGAUGAGCUUCUCAAGCCCAAAGAUGUGUCGAUUGUAGGGCAAGCUCAUAUCUCCCAGCCAAUUUGCACUGCUGUACAGCUUGGUCUUAUUGAACUGCUGGCCAGUUUUGGUAUCAAGCCGUCCAUGGUCAUCGGCCAUUCAUCUGGUGAAAUGGGUGCGGCCUACGCUGCGGGUGCACUGACUAUGGAACACGCAAUGGCCGCUGCAUACUACAGAGGCCAAGCUGCUGUCCAGAUUAAACAGAAGCACCCUAACCUUCGUGGUGCUAUGUUGGCUGUUGGCGCUGGCCCCGAUGAAGUGAAGACUAUCAUCAAGAGCCUCGGCCUCUCAGGCGUCACUGUCGCCUGCGAGAACUCGCCAAGCUCUAUCACUGCUUCUGGAGAGGAAGAAGCCGUCGACGCAUUGGCGGCAGAGCUGGAAAAGCGAAACAUGUUUAACCGCAAGCUUCGAGUCGAUGUUGCAUACCAUUCGUCUCAUAUGGAGCUUACAGCCAACGAAUACAUGGCCUCCAUUCAGCAUGUACAUGCUAAACCUACGGAUGGUGCCGUUAAGUUUUACUCAUCUCUUCUGGGCCGAAAGAUCCAGGACACUGGCAUCGUUGGUGCACAGUACUGGGUGGAUAACUUGACAAAGCCAGUUCUGUUCUCCUCUGCUCUGAAGCAUUUGUACGAAGACAGCAAGCCAGAUGUCAUCGUUGAACUCGGACCUCAUGCUGCUCUUGAAGGACCCAUCAAGCAAAUUCUCAAGGACAUCAGCUCGCAAGCCGCUUCCAACACCAAGUAUUUCUCUGCCCUGAUGAGAAAUCAGAAUGCUGCGCAGACUGCUCUUAAGCUAGCCGGCAAUCUUUUCUGCCGUGGUUUGUCUAUCGACUUUGAAUCUGUCAAUCAGACUGUUCAGAAUGGCCAGAAAGCGCAUGUUAUCGCUGAUUUAGCCCCUUACCCAUUUUCUGAGCAUACCUACUGGUACGAGUCACGUACUAGCAAGCAGCAUCGAUUGAAGCCUUUUGGCCGCCACGAUCUGCUUGGCCUCCUUGAGGACACUUACAAUGAAGCUGAACCGACAUGGCGCAACACAAUCAACACAGACGAUAUCCCUUGGCUAAAGGAUCACAGAAUGCAGUCUCUCCCCACGUUCCCGCUCGCUGGUUACCUUUCUAUGGCUGUUGAAGCCGUUUACCAGCGAAACGUUCUCCGUGGAGUCUCUAAGGAUCAGAUUUCUGGAUACCGCCUUCGCGAGAUCCAAGUUACCAAGGCUUUCAUCCUCGAAGAAGGGGCCCAAUACGAGACAAGUGUGUCUUUUAACUCUUUUGCAGAAGGCACUCGGUCUUACUCCAGUGAUUGGGAUGAAUUCCGCAUCUCUUCUUGGGCUCCAGGACGAGGAUGGCUCGAGCACUGCCGUGGUCUUAUUGGCAUCAAGAAAACAGGUACACUUAACCCUGUUAGCGACCAUCUUCUUCGGGCUGCAAUGGAUCGCCGCAGCGCUAUGAAUGAGGCUACUUCUACUACUCUUGACUAUAAGAUCUUCUAUGAAGAGCUUGACGCGCGCGGAGCUGGUUAUACUGGCCCUUUUGCAAUGCAACCAAAUGGAACUCUCAGAGUUCAAGGUCAAUACUCCUCAGCCGAUGUUAUUGUUCCCGAGACAGUAAGCCAGAUGCCUCAUACCUUUGAAGCUGAUGCCAUUGUUCGCACCUCUUUCAUCGACAUCUUUUUCCAGCUUACCUACGCCAUUCUGGGAGCUGGAAGUGGCGAGAUGACGACCCUGUUCAUGCCAUCGGCCAUCAAAGAGCUUGAAAUCAGCAGUGCUGUUCCUAACGUUCCCGGAGACAAGGUUCAAGUCAUCACUCAUACCCGUCGCGGCGACGCUGUGUCUGGUCCAGUAGAUUUCUUCAUCGAUGCUUGGCAUGCAGACCAUGCCGAACCCGUUGUCAAAUUCACUGGAUACCGUAAGACCCCUGUCAAUGGCGAUUCGUCUGACAGUCAAGGUGUCCGAGAACUUUGUUAUCAGCUCAACUGGGUACCUCUCAAACCCAAAACCCAGGAGCCUCAUGCCCAGGCCAAUGGUCACAUGAACGGAAACGGACAAACCAACGGUAGUGGGCACAUCAAUGGCAAUGGACAUACAAACGGCAGCACUCACAUCAACGGCAAUGGCUACACGAAUGGCAAUGGUCACGCCAUUACUAACGGUGACAGCCACAUAAAUGGUAAUUGCAACGUAACCACUAAUGGAAAUGGCCAUGCUGCGAGCCAUGUCAAUGGAAACGGCCACAUUAAUGGCAAUGGGUCCAUAAAUGGGACUUCUGACGCUAAUGGCGAUUCAAAUGGAAAGGUACAUGGCAAUGGACAUGUUGUCUCUAAGCCAGAAGCCAAUGGCAACGUCCAUGCUUUGAAGACCGUUGUGAGCGUCAAGACUCAUGCCGAGGCCAUCGAUACUAAAGAGGCGGAAGUGUUGAAUGAUUUCGCACCAGCUUCAACGGCGGUUGACCUGAGUGAAUCUCCCAUUUCACUCAUUACAGUCGGUGGAAAGUCAACCCCACUGGGUGAUGCCCUCGCAGAUCUUCUUGAACUACGAACUGGUGGCAUGAAGCCUAGCUACGUGUCUCUUGAAAAUGCCGACUUUGCGUCCAACACUCGCUUCGUCUGCCUGGCUGAGGUUGACACUCCAAUCUUGCAAGGCAUGAAUGCUGCCACUUUUGAGCAUACCAAGAGCCUUUUGCUUAACUCAAUGUCCACUCUUUGGGUCUCCCGCGGUGCGUAUCGCUUUGCUGAGAAUCCCUGGAACAAUAUUGCGCAAGGUCUUCUUCGAACGGUUCGCUCCGAAGCCAACAAGGUAGCGGCAAUGCUCGAUCUGGACCCUAAAUCUGAGCUGAAGCCAGAGGAUCAAGCAGAACUGAUAAUCGAUGCCAUGAAAGCCUCGUUGGCUACGCCUGAGGAUGGUUCACCAGUGCAUUUUGAAUUUGCCGAAGAGGAUGGUGGGCUAGUUGUCCCCAGCGUCACCGAGCAGGACGACCUGAACCUAGCACUCUUCCGUGAAACUCAGACCUCUGAGCCUUACCUGCAAGAUUUUAUUCAGCCAGGUCGCCGCUUGGCGCUGUCUGUCGGCACAUACGGUGCUCUUGAUUCAAUCUACUGGAAGGAUGAACCUGAGCUUCCUCUUUCUGAGAACGAAGUGGAGAUCAAGGUUGCCGCCACGGGAAUGAACUUCAAGGAUGUCGUUAUUGCCAUGGGCCAGGUUGCUAGUCCUUACAUUGGCAUUGAGUGUGCAGGUACCAUUGGUCGUGUUGGCAGCGGCGUCACAACUCUCAAGGCCGGCGAUCGUGUCUGUGCAAUGACGCUGGGUGCUUAUAGCACUUAUGCUCGAUGCCUCGCCACUAGUGCUGCAGUCAUUCCUGAUGAUAUGACUUUCGAGACAGCCGCUUCAAUUCCUGUGGUAUACUGCACCGCAUACUAUGGACUCAUGGACCUUGCUCGUUUGGAGGCCGGUGAAAAGAUUCUCAUCCAUGCUGCUUCUGGUGGUGUUGGUCAAGCCGCCAUCCAGCUCGCUCAGAUGGUUGGUGCCGAGAUCUUUGCCACUGUAGGCAGUAUGGACAAGAAACAGCACUUGAUUGCCACGUACGGAAUCCCCUCUGAUCACAUCUUCUACAGCCGUGACACCAGCUUUGGUCCGGAGGUUCGCGAGGCUACAGGCGGAAAGGGUGUUGACGUUGUCAUCAACUCUCUUGCUGGAGACUUGCUCCGCGAGACCUGGGACUGCUUGGCUCCCUUUGGACGCUUUAUCGAAAUUGGAAAGCGAGACAUCACGUCAAACACUCGUCUUGAGAUGUCCAAGUUCGAAUAUAACUGCACUUUCAGCUCGGUCGACCUUACGCUGGUUGCUGCGGAGCGUCCCAAAAUCAUGGGUAGAAGUCUCAAUGCCGUCUUGGAUCUUCUAUCCAAGAAGUCUGUCAAUCCCAUUGGCCCCAUUACAAGUGUUAACAUUGCCGAAGUAGAGUCUGCCCUACGCAAGCUUCAGAGUGGUAAGACUACUGGCAAGGUGGUUGUCAAUCACGAGGCCAACCAUCAAGUGAAGGCCGUCCACGCUCCUGCUCCUACCGAUUUGCUCAAGAAAGAUGCCACUUACAUCAUCAUUGGCGGCACUGGUGGUCUGGGUCGCUCCAUGGCCAAACGCAUGGUGCAGCGUGGCGCUGGCAACAUCGUAUUAUUAUCACGAAGCGGCAAGAUGACUCCGGAACUUGAGCAGUUGGCAAACGAGAGCGCCAUUGCUGGUGCGGGUAUCCACGUUCGUGCUUGCGAUGUUGCUGUUGAAUCACAAGUAUUGAAGUUGAUCGCUGACUUGCAGACGACUCUGCCUCCAGUCAUGGGUGUCAUCCACGCGGCCAUGGUUUUGCGCGAUGUUCUCUUUGAGAAAAUGACGUUUGAAGAUUACGACGCAGUUGUAUGCUCCAAGAUUGCAGGUGCUUGGAACUUCCACACUGCUCUCCUCUCUUCCCCUCUUGACUUCUUCAUUGUCCUGUCAUCCGUUGCUGGUAUUAUCGGUAAUCGUGGUCAGGCAGCCUAUGCUGCCGCCAAUACGUACCUGGACGCGCUUACUCUGUAUCGCAAAUCCAAAGGUCUCAACUCUACGUCACUCAACCUGACUGCCGUUUCUGGCGUCGGAUACCUUGCUGAAAAUGCUGCCAAACAGGCCGAAGUUCUCAAGAAUCUGUCGGGCAGCACUAUUGGCGAGGCAGAGGUGCUCGCUCUCAUGGAGGCCUCUAUCAAUGGCAAGACGGCCACCAUGUGCAAUGACCAAGUUAUUACUGGUCUUGACUUUGGCGAGCCGUCCAACUUGCCUUACUAUGCAUCUGAUGCCAAGUUUGCGCCUCUUCGCACUGCGGCCCUAGCCAAGCUGAGCGAAUCUGAGGGCAGUGGCGCAUCAGCUAAUGUGUCCAUCAGCCAGCAGAUGCGUCGCAGUACUACUGUCGAGGAAGCGCAGGAUCUGGUUAGUGUCGGACUCCGAGACAAACUCGGCGCUAUUCUCAUGCUGCCUGAGGAAGUGAUGGUAGCCCAGCAGGGCUCUACUACCAUUACCGCCUUUGGCCUGGACUCACUCAACGCUAUUGAGCUUCGAAACUGGAUCGGCAAGGAGCUUCAAUGCCACUUGCAGGUUCUGGAAUUGCUCACCAGUGGCAACCUUAAGGAUCUUGCAGGCCUGGUGCUCCGCAAGACUCGCAUUCAGGGUGUGUGGACGACGAAGGAUGAGGAAAAGUGAAGAUGCUCCUAGCCACGGCACCUUUAUCUACUUUUCUAUCCCGGUCUUUUUCCCGGUCUUUUUCCUUUUCUUUCCUCUGUUAGCAUCUUCUUUCUAUUUAUGUUGUUUGUUUGAAAGAUUGCAAGAAUUUUUGGUUUUGCUGUUUGGAAUUUGGUUGUUUUGCAUCGUUCCUGUCAUCCGCAUUUGCAUUUGUCUCAUUACACUAUACAUAUCCAGAACAAAGGUAGUAUAUUUUAUUAUAGCAAAGAGGUUUUGGUCGAAUCUUUUUGAAUAUACAUAUCAAUAGAAACACUAAAUCUUUUCCUUAAUUAAACUAAGCAUUAAUGGAGUGUAUAUGUAGGCUUGUUAAUACUGCUGUUUGUAUUUCAUUAAAUUAACCUCUAAGCCCUUGCCCAAAGAUCUCUAUAGAUGACAAUUGGCCACCUUCUAGCCCUUGAAAGCACAGAGAAUCUUGGCUGGCACCAGUGCGCCCUGGACAGCCUCGUUGGGAACCAAGCUUCCAGCUUCAAGCCAGGGGUUAAGAAUGUCGCAAAAGUUGAAGCCGCUAGUCUCCUUCUCGUAAAAGGCAAAGUCGAGGAAGCCCGACAUGCCGUGGUCCUUGUUCAUGCGCAUGUGGUAGUUGGUAGGGGUGGUGGACUGUCUAAUAGCGGCGAUAACAUCCUCAAUGGCAUCGAGAGCAUUCUCUUCCUUGACGGUGUGGCCAAACACGACCCACAGGGCGUCGUACAUCUGGAGGCCGAGCUCCUGGCCAGAGUAGUCACCGGUGAUGGUGAGGCAGGCAGUGUUCUUGAAGUUCUCGU